AUGAGCUGGGAAAUAUUCAAAAAAGAGUAUUACAAUCUUUAAAAUUCAUUAAAGCAAGAACUUAACUUGAUUAAUCAGAUUUCGCUUAACAUUUCUAAACAGAUUAUGGAUUUGGAAGGCACUGUUGAUCAUGAAGGAGGUUUAAAAAAAUAACAUAAAAAAGGCAGUUAAGGAAAAAAUAUAGACCAAAAUUUUGAGGAGUUUAAUAUUCAUGAAUAGGAAGCAAAAAAUUUGAUAGAAUAAACAGAAAAGUUGAUCUAAAAUGUAGAAAUUUAGUAGGAUGACAAACAAGCUUUUGUAAAAAAUAACCUUAUAUAAAGAUUUAAAGAAAUUUUAAAGGAAAGUUAAAGAGAGCAUAAACAACUAUCGUAAACAGUAGACUUUAAUAAGAAAAAAAUGUAAUUGUUUGAGCAGGCAAUUUACACUAAAUCAUAAAGAAAGCACAUAGGCGAUAAUUAAGAUGAUGAAGAAGAUAAAUAGCUCCUUAAAAAUGUUAUUUAGUUAGAUUCUUCUUUAAACAAGAGUAAUAGCAUUAUAAGAGAAGCUUAGUUGAUAAAAAGCUAGCUUUAUAAUUAGAAUUAGUCUCUUAAGCUUUCCAAUUCGAAAAUGCAAGCAAUUGCAAAUGCCCUACCAUAAAUAGAGUAGUUUUUGAUGAAAAUAAAAUUUGAAGAACAUAAAAGAUAGAUAAUUAUUUCAUUUGUCAUAGCAAUUUGCAUAAUAUUAAUGAUAUAAAAGAUUUUAUUCAGUUGA